GAGAGGAUUACCACACUGAAAAUAGUGCGAUUGGCAAGCGAAAUCGCAUCCCGAUACCUUACCUAGAUUUUCGCACGACGUUUCCAGCGUUUAUCAUCGAUGAUUUUCCCCGGUUGUCCAAUGGAUUAUUGCUGAUUUGCACCACGGUGACCCAGGAACAUCGCGAUUAGUUGGAGACAUCAGCCCAAGAUCUGAAAGUGAGAUCACUCGAGAGGAUCGCUGUCACCGUGGACGGAGAUGAAGACACUAAAGGAGCCCCCGUACCUGACCGUGGGCACUGACGUGAGUGCCAAAUACAGAGGGGCGUUCUGUGAAGCCAAGAUAAAGACUGCCAAGAGACUGGUCAAGGCGAAGGUCACCUUCAAACCCGAUUCGUCCACUGCCGAGGUGCACGAUGAACACAUCAGAGGAGUUCUCAAGGUGGGCGCUGUGGUUGAAGCAAAGAACCAGGAUGGAAUCUACCAGGAGGCGACCAUCAACAAACUUACAGACGCUAGUUUGUACACCGUCGUGUUUGAUGACGGUGAUGAGAAGACCCUCAGGCGUUCAUCUCUCUGUCUGAAAGGAGCGCGACACUUCGCUGAGAGUGAGACUCUCGACCGGCUUCCUCUUACAAACCCUGAACACUUCGGCACACCUGUCAUCGGCAAAAAAGGAAGCCGUGGAGGCAGACGGUCCAAUCCUAUUCAAGAGGAAGAGUCGUCAUCUUCAUCCAGUGAGGAGGAGGAGGGUGAUCAGCAACAGAACGAAGAACUUUAUGGCAAGGUGGUGUGUGUGGAAGGAGUCGUCACUAGCGAUAAAAAGAAAACCACAUGGUACCCUGCGCUGGUCAUCUCUCCAGACUGUCAUGAAGAUGUGACGUUGAAGAAAGACAACGUUUUUGUACGCUCCUUCAAAGAUGGAAAAUUUUACACGGUUUUGCGAAAAGACAUCAGAGAGCUGGAUGAAGAGAAAGCUCCUAAAGCAGAUGCAGGACUCAAACCAGCGUUAGAUGCAGCGUGGGAGUUCCAGCGCGCUGGUACCGUGCCCAACACAUGGAGGACGGAGGUGAAGGACGAAAGCUCCAGCAGUGAGGAAGAUGAUGAGGAAGAUGAGGAAGAACAGGAGGAAGAGGGCAGCAGCGAGGAGGAAGAGGAGGAGGUGGAGCCGUUCCCAGAGGAGAGAGAGAACUUCCUGCAACAGCUUUACAAAUUUAUGGAGGAUAGAGGAACUCCUAUAAAUAAAAAGCCUGUGCUGGGCUACAGGAAUCUGAAUCUAUUUAAACUCUAUAGGCUGGUGCAUAAGCUCGGCGGAUUUGACAAUAUUGAGAGUGGAUCCGUGUGGAAACAGGUGUAUCAGGAUCUGGGCAUCCCCGUGCUGAACUCUGCUGCUGGAUACAACGUCAAAUGUGCCUACAGAAAGUACCUGUAUGGCUUUGAGGACUACUGCACUUCCACGGGAAUCACAUUCCGCAUGGAUUUGCCAUAUAAGACAGGUGAGAAGACGGGCUCUAAGACUGAGGUGAAUGCAGAGGUAACAGCCAGCGUUGGUGACAGUAUCUCUUUAAGCACAGCCAGCACAGAAGACCAGAAACCCCUCAAAGAACCUGAAACCUCCGACACACAGCAUGCGGUCAAGGAGGAGAAGACCGAAGCUACACCACAAUGUGAAGAUAAAGUGGACAUCAACAGUGUAGAUGAGGAAGAUGAUAACCACGCUGAUGAAGAUGAGAAUGAUACAAAUGAAGAUGCCCAAAAACCCAAGGCCAAAGAGAGCGACCUGACAGCAGAGAGUACGCUGACAGAGAACGUGAAGGAGGAACCUUGUGAAGAACCGGACAACAAAGAUCCGUCAGGGGAUGACAGCAGUCAGGAGUGGGAGGAAGGGGAGGAGUUUGAGUGUUACCCUCCUGGGAUGAAGGUGCAGGUGAGGUAUGGGCGAGGCCGCAAUCAGAAGACGUACGAAGCCACUGUGAAAGAGUCAGACCUGGAGGGGGGAGAGGUGCUCUACCUGGUGCACUACUGUGGCUGGAAUGUCAGGUAUGACGAGUGGAUCAAAGCUGACAAAAUUGUCAGACCAGCUAACAAGAAUGUCCCCAAAAUAAAGCAUCGCAAAAAAAUAAAGAAUAAAGCAGAACGAGAGAGAGACCGAAUAGGGAGACUGACAGACAGAGAGGAUCUUCCUCCCUCCAAAAAUCGCAUCAGUAGAUUGUCUAAACCCAACUCUGGCCAUGAUGUUUUCUCAAAGAUGGAGGAGUGUGGCGAAAACAGGGGCCAGCAGACACCAAUCAAGCCCAUAGAAAUCACAUCCAUUCUCAACGGUCUCCCAGCAUCUGAGAGCUCUUCAGAUGACAGUGAACGAGAGGAGGACGGUGAAGCUGAUCACGAUGAAGAGGAUCAUCCAAGUGGACGAUCAAGUCUUCGGAAAGGAGCUCCUCCAGAGCACUCACAUUCACCACAGCACUGGGAAAGUGGAAGCCCAUCGGAGGGCUUCAAAGCACCAUCAGUUGUGGACAACACCCAGGAACUGAACCCCCAGGACAGCCCAGAACCAGGCAAGAGGAAGGGGCAAUUUGAGGUUGAGGUGGAAGGCUCCAGCACCAGAAAGAAAAAAGCAGAAGCUCUAGGGGAACGCACCUUGAAAAGCCCAUCAAAAGGCAAACCUAGAGGCAGCAGAGGUGGAGACUGGCUGCCAAGUAGUUCACCCAAAAAGCUAGAAGAAAGAGGCCCUGGAGAGGACAGAGGUAUUCAGUCAUGUAGCAGUUCUGAAGACGAAGCAGAUCCUCCAACUGAACCUCAGGCCAAGGAAGAGCCAGGGGGGCAUCCCAAAACUAAGGGCUCCCUGUCAAAGAAGUACAACGGGAUCAAAGAGAAGAAUAAGGGUGGACGUUCAGGAUACUGGGAGAUCCCUGAGAAAAGAGCCAAAAUGUCAGCAGGGAUAGAGGAGAGGACGCCCAGUUGUCGUACCAAAGGCCAGAAGGAUGUCUGGUCCAGUAUCCAGGUUCAGUGGCCGAAGAAGACUCUGAAGGAGCUGUUUUCAGACUCUGACACCGAGGCUGCCAACUCACCUCAGCCUGCAGCGACCGCUCCAGACGAGCCAUGCACUGAACCAGCACAAGACAAUGAGAUAGCUGAGGAACAGCAGGAGAAGAUUCAGGAACAUCCCAGCAGCGGAACCAACUCGGUCCUCAAUACGCCGCCUACUACACCCGAGUCACCCACCAUGGGCGAGGGACCCGCAGAGGUUCUAGCAGAGAUUCCACCGCCCUCACCACCAUCUGAAUUACCCGCCAGUCCUCAAAUUGUUUCCUUACCAUCAGAACCUCUGGUUGAGGAGAGGGUAGGGGGUCGCAGCGAGUCCGAUAGCAGCACAGUGGAGGUCGAGAGUUUGGGUGGAGAAAUCCAGGAGAUGCCUCAAGAAGAGGGGGCAGGUUCCCCCUCCAAGGCCUUUGAUGGCAACUUGUUCUGCAACAGUAACAGCAACUGUAGCCUAACUCUCAGCAACAGCAGUCAGCAAGAGAGCGAGCAGAAAGGCAAAGCGUCAUCCAGUCAGAAGCGGCACAAAGAGUCUCAAGGGGGCGGAGCUUCAAAGAAACACAAGCGCAGUCAUAAAAGCCUGAGCUUACAUCCCAAAAAGAACCGCAAACCAGCUCACAGCAGUGACAGUGAAGACCAGUCUAUCAGCGAGAGCACUGCCAAAUCUCCAACAUCUAAGAGCAACAGCGACCUGAAGUCAGCCAUCUCACACAAGUGCUCUGGACGAAUGCCCCCUUCAGGCCACAAAUAUGAGCAUUCCCACAGCAGAGAGCAGCACGGGAGGACCAAGAGAAGUUUUCAGAUGUCUGACCUGGAAAAGAUGAGCAGUCUGGAGCGGAUAGCAUUCCUUCAGGAGAAACUGCAGGACAUCCGGAAUCACUACCUCUCGCUCAAAUCUGAGGUGGCCUCCAUUGACAGGAGACGAAAGCGCAUGAAGAAGAAAGAGAGAGAGAGUGCGACAGCAGCAUCGUCGUCAUCCUCUUCACCGUCCUCAUCCUCGCUGACAGCUGCUGUCAUGCUAACACUGGCCGACCCGACGGUUUCAGGCGCUUCGCAAAACUCUGGGGUUUCCGUGGAGUGCAGGUGACACGAUUCGAACGCCAUCCAGCAGCACAAGAGCACUUAACCAGCACCCGACCCGGCUCAGGCCGGUUUCGGCCCGUCCCUGCACUAUCGGACCGAAAGACGGACACAGACGGGCCGCAAAAAUGACCGAAACAAUAGCCACCAGAUGACAGCAACAAGCACUAUUUUAUAUCGACAACUGUUUCCUUGGCAAGCUAAUUGCACUCAAGUGCACUUUUUUUCCUGGAUGGGGUGGGUCGGGUUUGACAGUAAGACUCUAUUUUGAUUUUUACAAUCAAACAACCCCUUUAUGGUAUGAUCAUUAAAUAUGUCCAUAAUGAUGACAUAUUCUAUCCUGUCAUUUGAAUAUUAAUUCAGCGAACUACAGUGAUUGAACACUGUAUUACAUAUUCAACUUUUAAUGCAAGAAGACUUCACCCCUCCACCACAGUCGGCGUCCCCCUCAUUGGUCCAAAAGUAGUUUGAGCAGGACAGUUGUUUAUAAAUGAUGAAAUUCACUGACAGCCAUUUAACAGGUGAAAGUCAAUAGAUGCUGCAGUGCCUUAAAGUUCAGCUCUUUGGGGCACUCGUGUGGAAUGCUGGGAAAAGUCAUUGCGGGAUAACGGAUAAGUGGAGGGGUCGAUGUAUGUUUCAUAAACUAAUUUAAUUCAUUAAAAUUAAGGGUAUUGCACAUAGAGUGAAUCUCACAAAACCUCUCAAGAUCAAAUUUCACUGAAAAUCAAAAGAAAGAAAUUCAGAAAGUGCUUAAAGCCUUUUUAGGACUAUUAAGAUUUUUUGCAUUGCGAUAUUAUUUUCAUGAAGGCCAAGCAUACCUAGUUUUCUGCGCGCUGGUACGUCCCGCGAACAGUACACAUGAUGCAAAUUGCAUCACUGGCAUAGUAUGCGCGGACUACACCAAUGACGCAAUUUGCAUCAUGUGUACUGUGCGCGGGACGUAGUUGCUUAUACAGCCAAACGCGUCCGUAUGGACUCACGGUCAAAAAAGUAUACUUUGAAAGGCUGAGUGCGACGAAACGGCACGCUAACAAAUUAAGUAUACCCUAUUCUUGACAUUUAAACAUUUCUUAAAUGUAAAAAUUCUUAUUUUUAUUACUGUAAUGUAAAAAUAAUAACGUGUAGUAAUGAUAAUCCUGGUACUAUUGUAGUCUUUAUUUUAAGACGGUUUAAAUAAUAAUUAAAAAUAUAUAUUAUACUUUUAUUCUGUAAUUCUGUUUAAAAGAUACUGUAUUGGGUCAUUCUCACAAAACCUGUCAAGAAAAUGUUCUGGUCAUAUUUAAGCCCAAAUGAAAUAAAUAAAUAAAUAAAUAAAGCCUAUAUUUACAUUUCUUUUUUUUUUUUUUUUUUUGCAUCGUGACAUUAUUUUCAGAAUAUUGAAGCACAUUUUACUCCACAAUUAUCAUAACUAAUGCGUCCGGAUGUUUUACUUUGACUCUUCCCAUUGUUUUCAGUGAUGAUUCUCAUUACCGUAACCGUACUGUAUUACAAUAAAAAUGAAAAAGCUGUUUUUUUAAUUAAAAUCAGUUCAAAUGAUAGGCAGUACCAAGAGAGCACUACUAUGAUGUAUAAAUAUUUUAUUUAAAUAAUCUAACUUUUUUUUAUUUUACAUUGCGGUAAUGGGAACUGGGAGGUAAAAUGUGCAUAACUGUAAUGAAAAUAAUGCCACAAUGUAACAACAAAAUCGGAAUUGUUUCUUUGGAUUUUGACAGGUUUUGUGGGAGUCACUCUGUUACAAUAAUAGAAUAAUGGGAAAUUUACUGUCAUGAAAAUCAUGUGCGAAAAAUCUGAAUGGUUGUAAAAAUAAGCUUACAUUUCUUUAUAAAGAAUAUAUAUGGGAUGAAAUGUGACCUGGACAUGUUUUCACGAAAUUCACCCCACAUUGUCGGUUCAAACAACGCCUUAUGAACGUUAAAUCCAAGAUUUGUUCAAUGUCCUUUUUAAUAAUUUACGUAAGCCUUAUGAGAGAUAUAUUAUCGCCCUUCCUCUUGAUUGUUACCUGCUUGAUCCCACUACAUUCUGGAAAUGUAUUUGUCUUUUUGAUGAAAGACUGAAGGAGGCAUGAAUGAGUGAAUGAGUCAGGCCAAGGGCUAUUGAGCGAAUGUUUGCGUUCAGUAUCUUUGGAUUCGAAAUGUAUUAUGAUUGUUGACAAUUUAAGAAUUGAUGAGUUUUUCUGGCAGCCAGGAUUCUAAAUGUAUUUUACUACUGAAAUAUAUCCAGACCCUGUGGGUGGGGUUUUAAUAAUUAAAGGAAAAGUUCACCUUAAAAGUGAAAAACUCCAAACCCUUUUGCAGUUGUUGUUGUUGUUGUCGUUUUUUUCCGUGGAACACAAUUUUACAUCUUUGAAGAAUUGACACAACUUUUAUGGUGUCACUAGAGCUGCGUGAAGGCUCUUCUGUUCUACAGAAAAAAAUAACAUAUGCAUACCGGUUUGGAAAGACAUGAGGGUGAGUAAAUGAUGACAGAAUUGUUAUUUUGGGGUGAACUAUCUCUUUAAAGUGGCAGUAUUGAGAAGUGCAAUGUCAAUACACAGCAGAUUCAUCUGUUAUCAUGUGCAAUGACGGAAACGGAUCUGUUCUGUAUGUAGCCUUUGUGUGUCUCUGUCUUCCUUCUUUCCAUUUCUCCCUCGUCCUUCUUUUGCCAUGCCAUAAAUGUAGGAUGUCAACUAAAUAAAGCACUUCUAUGCCACUGUGGGAAGUCCAUUGUGCGACGGUUUAUACAUGUAGUAAUGGGCGGUUUGUGAAGUAUUAAAAGAAACUAGGGCAAUCUUGCCACAGAUUGUUGUAAAAAACCAAGAAAAGCUAAGAAAACCAAGGAACAUCAUUCUGUAUUUUAUCACUAUGAUUUUCCAUCUGUAAUCAUCACAAUGUCGGUACAUCUGCGGUGCUCUGUUUCCUUUGAAAAUGUCAACGCUCUCAUUUCUUAACCUUCAUGGUUUCGUUCCGCGCUCUCUGACCAGGGGAAAGGGUCACGAUGACGAAAUUGUGCAUUUAUGAUGAAACGUUCAAUGUACCUGUACAAUGCUGAAGACAUACCCAGAGUUUCCUUUGUAUAGACGCCCUUCUGUAUCAUAACCUGAAGGUGUGUACCGUUCGACACUUGUAUGCCUUUGUUAUACAUUUGUAUAUUGAGAAGUGUGUUUUGAGUCAAGCUAUUUAAUAUCUUGCACUGUUAAUACCAUGUAUGUUUCUGUACAGUUUUACCGUUUUAACUGUAGUGUCUGUGUACAUUUUUGAAGGCAAAAGCAUGUCCAUUUUCUUAUAUGUUCUUUUUGUGUGUUGUUCUAGCAUACUGUAGUAGGAUUAGUUUUGAUUCAGUUUUUCAUACUUCUUUGUUUCUUCCUCGUCUUUGUGUAUUUCCGUUAAACUGUGCUCGUACUAGGCUUUAUUAUAUAUAUAUAUAUAUAUAUAUAUAUAUAUAUAUAUAUAUAUAUAUAUAUAAAAUGUGGAAUUUUCCAAUCUGUACAUGGACUGUAAAGUUUUAUGGAUCUUUACAAAAAUGUUCUGAUACGUUUGUAAACGAAAGAGAGAGAGAGAAAGAGUGACAAAGCUUAACGGAAAGUUCUAUCAUAUUUAUUAGGCUCAUCAGAUGAUGGACAGUGUGUAAUUUAUUGUACAAAUGUAAGCAGAAAAACCUUUGAAAUAAAUGCCAUAGUUUGUGACCUCUAAUGUCCAGUUUGGUGCAUAUCAGAGAUGACUGACGCAAAUAUGAUUUACAAUGCUAUGCAAAACACAGAGGUGUGCAGAGGGAUGUAUUUUGUUGUCUUUGUGUGGGUAGGAUUUCUGAAAAUAUCCCUAGAAGAAUAGCGAAACACAAAACCCACUUGAGGGGAUGUCAUCAGAAUAAAUAAAGGAACUAAAUAAUGUCUAAAUGCAUAUCGAAAGUGCCUAAAGGUCGGGGCCUGGGUAGCUCAGCGAGUACUGACGCUGACUAGCACCCCUGGAGUCACGAGUUCGAAUCCAGGGCGUGCUGAGUGACUCCAGCCAGGUCUCCUAAGCAACCAAAUUGGCCCGUUUGCUAGGGAGGGUAGAGUCACAAGUGUAACCUUCUCGUGGUUGCGAUUAAUGGUUCUCCCUCUCAAUGGGGCGUGUGGUAAGUUGUGCGUGGAUCGCGGAGAGUAGCUGUGAGUCUCCGGCAUCAUGCACAACAAGUCACGUGAUAAGAUGCGCGGAUUGACGGUCUCAGAAGCGGAGGCAACUGAGACUUGUCCUCCGCCACCCAGAUUGAGAUGAGUAAACGCACCACCACGAGGACCUACUAAGUAGUGGGAAUUGGGCAUUCCAAAUUGGGAUAAAAGGGGAUAACAAUUUUAUUUUUAUUUUUUUAAGUGCUUAAAGGUCACUUUUAGGAUUCUGGUUAAUCUGUAGUGAUUAUAAUCAACCCUAUAACGCUGUGUGUAUCAGAUAUGAUCUACAACGUUUGACGGCUCCUGUUUCACUCUCUGUUCAAGCUGACGAACCAUAACCUAUGGUAUGCACGUUUUACAUGUUUAUGGCACCAUCUAGUGGUUAUUUGUGAAAAAAGUGGUUUCAUUGUUCAUAUUGAUCUAUUUAAAAUGGUGUCAGACUAGCGCGAAAUGUGACUCUUAUGUUAGGAUAAAUGACAGCAUAUUUUAAUAAAGUAAAAGAGACAGUAAUGAUUAUAUUGUUACGGAUGUUUUAAAAUGAGUAUUUGCUGAAUAUAUGCAACUUGUGCUUGGUUAAAAUUUUGUAUAUUAUUUUAUUGGGAAAACUCCCUUUGAAAUCAGUGUAUCAAAUAUGAUACAACAGGCUUUUGAGGUUUAUCUCUCAAUCACCAUUACAUUACAUUCAUGCCCACCACAACAAAAAAAUCACAGAGCUUUGAAAAUUCUGACAUAUACAUGUUAUAAGAGAUAUUUAAAGUGUGAACUAAUAUUUCUGUGUAUUUUCAUAUAUGCAGCCUGCUCUGUCAUUAUAAAGAUCUCAUUAUUUUACAUUACAAACUAUUAUGAUGUCAUCUUAUCAUAAGUUCCUGAGACCCAGCGAAAAAAGUUUUACAAUUUCCCUUUUUUAAAUGUCAACAUAGUGUUUGGUGCAUAAAAUACAUAUGAUAAACUAAUGCACUUAAUAUCAAUCCUACAGAGAAUCAUCUAUUUAAAUCUACUAAACUGCUAGACAACCCGACAUAAUAUACAGCACUGAUCAGGUAAAGAGGAGACAACACCAUGCAUCAACAUCAAUUAUAAGGCUUUUUAAAAUUCGCAUCAUCACCCUUACUGAAAUGUAUCGUGUUUAUUCUGUAGAAAAACAGUGACAGAAAAGUAAUAGUUUUAUAUUGAAUCUAUUAGGAGCAGGGGUGUAAAGUAAUUGAGUAAAAAUACUUAAGUAUUAUACUUGAGUAUUUUUGGGGGGGAUUUGUACUUUACUCGAGUGCAAUUUCAACAGAAUACUUGUACUUUUACUUAAUUACAUUUCCAAAGAAAAAAAUAGUACUUUUUACUCCUUAUAAUUUUACUUAAACUUGAAAAGUACUCAUUACAUUUUUGCCGCCUUUUCACUGCAUCCGACAAACGACAGACCAGAGGUCAGUAAUUUCAAAUAAAGUGUCACACGGCUGCUAUGUGGAGUUCCGAACAUCUGCAAAGUUGGAAUUUCGUGUUGUUGUUUUUAGGCAACUAUUAAUUAUAAUAACUAUAAAACCAGCAAUGAUAAUGAUAAUAAAACUAAUGGAAUCUGAGUAAAUAUUAAUUAAUUUAUUUAAUAAUUUAAUAUUAAUAUUAAAUUAAUUUUACUGAAUUCUUCCAUCUGCUCAACAGCAAGGUUUGGUAGCAAACCUCAGAAAAUAGUUCACAAAACCACCAAUUCAAACUUAAUUCAAAGCUUCAUUUGAAUGUUUUUAAUCUUUCUCUACAUCUCAAGGGGCUGGGUGCUCUGACAUCGCAAUUCGUGAGUGGCUUCUCCCAUGCAACGAACAUUGCGUGACCGUGGUAAUGUUUUUGCAAAAUAACAUUAUGUGGUUCAUUACACAUCUCAGGGCAGUUCUGACGUGAAAUGUCCACUGUGUGGCGCUAAAAGCGAGUUAAAUGUUCCGAACAGAUGAGGUUUUUCAGGUUAAUGUUCUAUCGAGAUACCAAAAAUAACAAAACCUACCUCCCUACCCUAAACCUUAAACCUAAACCUAACCGAUAGUGUCAUUAAAAGCAAAUGUGUCAUGAAAAACACCAUUUCUGAAGCAACCACGUCAUUUUGACUUGUGGACUCACGUGCUCUUCAGGACUCGUACCCCGGUCCUUUUAUUUCAUAUGCAACACUCUAUCAGUUGAGCUACCGCUCAAUUUGAUCACACUUAAACUAGCUUGUAAAUGUAGUUGAUUAUGUAAUGCAAAUGUUAAAAUGAGUCAUGCGCUAUAGUAAAAGUGUUAAUAUGUCAUAAGAUAGCAUUGUGUGAGGAACGGAGUGAAAAGUAAGUGUUUAUGAACUGAUAAUCUGCCGUUUUACACGAGAUUUGAGUGAAAGGGGAUACAAGUCGUUGUUUUAGUGCCUCUAGUGUUCAUUUCACCAGGAAAUUGUCAUGUUAUGUACAACAGGCCAUGUAAAAAUUAUUUUGUUAUCGUAACAUGAUUCUGACCAUAAUGCGAAUGUCACUGUGGGAGAAAUAUGACAGUCGUCGGAGACAGUAAAAAGGCGACUUUAACAACAUCCUGUCUCGCACAAGCUCCUCUCUUGAUUUAAUUCUAGCAAGGAGAAAUUUUAAGUACUUUUUAAUAUUUAAGUACAAUUGAAUGUGAAUACUUUUUUACUUUCAAGUAUGUUUUUGGCUAGAUACGUGGACUUUUAAUUUAGUCAAAUUUUCACUCAGUAUCCAUACUUUCACUUAAGUAUAAUUUCUGAGUACUUUUUGCACCCCUGAUUAGGAGGAAUCUGUAUAACUUCCUUUUUGUAUUAUUACCAUCAGUGGGUGUGGCUCUCCUGAUUGGCUCCUGGAGGUUGGCACACCAGUAUAAAAGCGUGCCUGGUGGAGCUGGAGGGGGAGACUGGAGAUAUUUCCAUGUGGUCUCCAUGUUGAGCUAAACUUUCUCCUGGCCCAGACAUCAUCAUGUUGGAACUACACAAACUUGGUGUUGUUGUAUGGUUGAAAUAUUGACUCCAAACCUGUAACUGUUCAUUCAUGUAUGUAUUGAUACUUAAUAAACGUUCCUGUGAAGCAGAGUUUAUUUGUUGUUUAGCUCUCCUGUUGUAUUGCCAUUCUCGCCAACUAAUUGGUUUAUGCUUCGUUCUGGAGGAAGCUGUAGGGAGUUGGGCACCAUUUUCUUUGUGUGCCUUUUUCUCCGGUUUUUAUGUUAGAGAUUGAGCUUGUUGUACCCUGUGUCUUUUUGUAGUUUUAUAUUCUCUUUCCAAGUUUUGUUUUGUUUAUGACACAGGUAGAAGCUUCUUUUGUUUAUUGUUUUGGCCUGGCCCUCUCUUGAGCAAAUUUUGCUUCUGUUUUUCUUUUGUAUUUCUAUAUCUAACUGUGAGCUGUACUUUAAUAAAUCUUUGUUACUCCUUCAAACUUGUGUGGUCUGGAAAGUGUUGGGAUGGAAGACAAGAGCUCAGACAAGUAAAUUUAUUUAUUUAUUUACAUUUUUUAGUUGUUUGUUACUCCUCGUCUACCCUAGGCAGGGGAUGCCGUAACACCUCAGUGAAUUUUGGACAAAUUAUAGACAAAGUUCUAACAAACUGGCCCUGUUUAUCUUAAUUUUUACUAGAAGCACGGUCCCAGAUCAGUAAAGUGGCCCACUCAUACUGUA